UGUCUUUCGACCGCACAGGCCAUGAUCGGGUCAAUGCUAGAGUUCAUGAAAACCGGCCAUUUGGUCAGUUUUUUAGCCAUUAAGCUGCCAUUCAUCGACGAAGACCUAGUAUGGGGCUUUCAUUUGAACUUGAUGAUUCAAACGACAAUUACGACAUUCGGAACGAUUGGAGGGCUUUCCAUCGAAACGACGUCAUGCGUGAUUAAUAACACAAUCAUGUUAUGCGCAGACAUUAUUAAUUUGGAUUGUUCGGAACUCACGAACCAAUUGGAAAACGGUGGAGUGUCGAAAGUAAAGAUGUUAACCAAAUUACGCAAUAUUUUCAUGAAAUAUGAAGACUUGGAUCAGUACUUAGUAGAUAUGACGGAUUUGAAUUAUUGGCGAAUGUUUUCAGCCCCCAUAUUGAUCGUUUAUUCGGUUUCUAUAUCAACCUUUUGCCAAUAUGCCCUUCGAUUUCCCUGUGGUUACGGCUUUGCGAUUUUAACCUAUUCUCAACUGUUGAUAAUGUGCUACAUGGGAAACAAUAUUUUUGACUCUCAAUAUCGUGUCGUGAAUUCUUUAAGCUCUCUGCCAUGGUAUCUUUUGCCCGCUGACCGUCAAAAAGAUAUUGCAUAUAUGUUGAAUAGAGCCCAAAAUGGUGCUGUACUCACUAUUGGUCCAUUGGAUAGUACAUUGAAUUAUGAAACGGCAACAAAUGUAAAUGAAAACCUUUAAUCGAAUUCAAAGUUCACAUUCUUUUCUUUAU